UCCCCACACUGCCCUACCUCCACCUUUCUUUCGUCUCUCUCACUGUCUCUCUCUUUGUAACAAUGGCGACAACAGUAGCGGCGGGAGUUCAUGGAAAUGGCGCAAUAGCCUCAUCAAAAUCUGUAAAUUCAUUAAGAAAGCUUUCUCACUUGUCAUCUCUUCAAUUUCCUACUCAACUUCGGAGUUUUACGAUUCGAAACCAAACCUUCAAAUCCAAGCCAACGCUUCAUCUGGUUGAAGCGAAACAACAAACUUUAUCAUCUUUUGUUGAUGUGUUAGAGAAUUCAGAUAGACCAGUAUUGGUUGACUUCUUUGCUACUUGGUGUGGUCCUUGCCAAUUCAUGGUUCCUAUUCUGGAACAAGUCAGUGCUUUGAUGAAGGAUAAGAUCCAAAUAUUGAAAAUUGAUACGGAGGAGAAUCACAGCAUUGCAGACAAGUAUAGAAUAGAGGCUUUGCCAACUUUCAUUUUGUUCAAGGACGGGAAACCAUGCGACCGCUUUGAAGGUGCAAUGGCUGCGGAGAAGCUCAUCCAACGUAUUGAGACAUCACUGAAAGUUGAGCAAUAGUUGCAGUGUGCCUCCCAAUUUGAUGUGAUUUAACAAUUCAAAAGAUCAUAUAGGAUGAUAAUCACCAUCUCAAUAAGUUGAUGCUGUUGUGUCUCAAAAUGCGGCAAGUAUAGUUGUUUCAUUUCACUAAUGUACAAAUCAGAUGGAAGUAUUGGGUUUAAAAUGAUCUUAUCUGCUACAGAUCAUUAUAUUGUUUGAAUUUGUAAUGCAAGUAUGAUGAAAAACAAUUUCAAGUCAAAAUUAUUUUAGACAUGCACAAUACAUUACUCUUAGUGUUGUUUCAUUAACUCCCUUGAACCGGUCUGAAUUUAGUACUCUCUGUUGAAAACACUGUUAGCCACUUGAAUUAUGAUGUUUUACUUUGUAGCCAA